AUGGCAGUCAAGUUCUACGAGUUCUUGGGCAUGUCGCUAGUCAAGAAAUAUGAAUUCCCGGAGGCCAAGUUUGAUUUGUACUUUAUGGGAUACAACGGUCCCCAGGCUGUUUCCCACGGCAACUCCCACGUGAACCGCGAAGGUGUUGUCGAGCUGACUCACAACUACGGCACUGAGAACGACCCCAACUAUACCGUGAACACCGGCAACAAAGAGCCGCAUCGUGGCUUCGGCCACACCUGCAUUAGUGUGGACAACAUCCAGGCCGCUUGCCAGCGUCUCGAGGAUGCCGGAUACAAGUUCCAAAAGAAGCUUACUGAUGGCCGGAUGAAGCAUAUUGCCUUUGUUCUGGACCCUGAUGGCUACUGGGUCGAAAUCAUUGGACAGAAAUCGUUGGAGGAGACUGAGAAUAUCAAGGAGACUGAUCCAAAUACCUACCGAAUGAACCAUACCAUGAUUCGCGUCAAAGAUGCCGAAAAAUCCCUAAAGUUCUAUCAAGAGGUCAUGGGAAUGACGCUCAUAAAGACUGCUGAGAAUGAAGCUGCCGGAUUCAACCUCUACUUCCUCGGAUACCCUGGGGCUCAGGGCACUGCUCAGGCUAACCGUGAGGGCUUGCUCGAACUGACAUGGAACUACGGCACAGAGAAGGAUGCCAACUUUAAGUACCACAAUGGCAAUGAUGAACCCCAGGGUUUCGGGCAUAUCUGCGUGUCCGUUGAUGACCUUGAUGCUGCUUGCCAGCGUUUCGAGGAUCUCAAGUGUAAUUGGAAGAAGCGACUUACAGACGGUCGCAUGAGGAACGUGGCAUUCUUGCUUGAUCCGGAUGGCUACUGGGUCGAGGUUGUACAGAAUGACAAGUACAGUGACAAGUACAGCGUAUAA